AUGAAUACACGUACAGGGGACAUGGUCGAGGGGGACGGCGAGCAGUACCAGCCGUUGGAAUCGGAUAUGGCGAGACCUGUGAAUACCAGCAGCAGCAGUAGUGACGGCGAGGGGACCCCAAGAGGCACAAGGGAACAUCAGGAUCGAGCAACAACGGCAGGGAACACGGGCCAGGAACACCAGUCGUCCAUGGAGAUGUACCUCUACAGCCAACUGAACGGGUCCAUCGAGGACACUGCGGCUACUCCACCGCGCGGUGACGGUGACCGUGGCACUGACGGUAAAGUUGCUACCACGACUACCCCUGGUGAGCAGAGACUAGAUCUCGAUACACAACAGGGCAGCACGCAGGGACAACGGUCCAGAGAGCAAAGCUACGGGCCUCUAGCGGAGAUUGGACCCUUGGCUAUCGAGAACGCACAACCGGGGGUCAUGGGUGACGACAUACCAGUGUUGCCCCUGCCAGAGGACUCAGGUCAAACAGAUACAGUCGCGGGAGCAGAGGACGUACAGCCUACUGAACAACCGUUCUACGUCAACGCCAAACAGUACUAUCGAAUACUCAAGAGACGGUUCGCAAGGGCUAAACUAGAGGAGAACCUCAGGAUAUCAAGGGAACGAAGACCGUACUUGCACGAGUCUCGACAUAAACACGCCAUGAGAAGACCCAGAGGGCAGGGGGGCAGGUUCCUUACUGCUACAGAGAUCGAACAACUCAGGACAAAGGAGAAGGGGAAACAUGGCAGUCUCGCCAAAUCAACGUCCCAUUGA